CAAAAAUACUAGAGCACAUAAUCAUUAUGUUUGCCUUCACAGAUCUUCGGGCAUCAUAAAUGGGUUAUCUUCUGGUUAUCAAUGAUUGGUGAAACAAUGACAAUAUGUUGUCUCAUAGCAGCAAUUGUAACUUAUGCUCAACUGGUUAGCUACCUAAAGUCAGAUCGCCCUGCAGUUCAUAUAAACCUGAUGGUGUCGUUGCUUGUAUCUCAUGUGUGCUUACUCACAAGCCAACUGGCUACAAUAACGUCUGGUUUGUCUGGGACAACUGAGUCUAGUUGUGCAUGUUCAGCACUCACAUACUUCCUACAUACAUCAUUACUAAGCAGCAUGGCCUGGAUGUUUGUGGAAGGAAUUAUAUUAUAUAGAAAGAUACUGAUAGUCCUUACAAGGGAACCACAAAUUAUUAGCAAGCGUUAUUACAUCAUUGGAUGGGGAGUUCCCUGUUUAAUAUCAACAUUGACUCUGAUUGGCCGAACUACACAAAAUUUGACCUAUCACAACGAGAGGUGCUGGUUAACUCUUCAAGAUGGUAUCAUAUGGACAUUUGCUGGACCAGUGUGUUUUGUUAUUGCGUUCAACUUCACCAUACUUGUUCGAGUAUUAAUAGUGGCAGCUGCCACACAGCAGAGAAGAUUUCUGCGCCAACAAAACAGAUAUAAACCGACUAACAGCAACCAAAUACAACAAAACAUACGAACAGUAGCUCGUGGUAUCUUCUUUCUUACACCACUAUUAGGGUUAAGUUGGGUGCUUGGAUUUUUUGCAGCAACAAGUGUUGUUCUGUCCUAUGUCUUUGUCUUCACCAAUGCUUUCCAGGGUGUGUAUCUUCUUCUCUUUUAUGUGAUACUUAACCCUGAAGUGAAGUGUGCUCUGUUGGAGAGAAAAAGAGCAAGACAAAGAAGCUUUCUGGCAAUCUCUGGAUUGGGAAGUGUCAGAACUUCAACUCAGAAUACAUGGAAGCAAAGAUUGUCAUUUACAUUCCUUAAUAAGCUAAGUCUGUCACCUUCAACUUCAGAAAAUACAUCUCCAGUUUCAAAUGAACUAAACACCCAAAACCCAAAAGAAGUGCAAGACUUCAAUGAAGAAAAUCUUUCUUCCCGACCCUGCAGUGGAAGGUCUAACUUGAACUUUAUCAUAUCUCCAGCACUUAGAAAUCGAGGAAAAAUUACUCCAACUCCAGAGCGUUGGUCUGACAAUUUAAAAGGGGAAACUAAUGAAGCUUUUAUGGGUGAUUUGGGAAAUGAUGAAUAUAUAAUGUCAAGACAAACAAGUGGCAUUGAAUUGAAGAAAACAGAAGACCAAGAUGAUGGCGACUUGUUUGGAAACAUGUCAGAUGAUGGCGGAUCCUCUUUAGAAAAGCUGGAAGAUACAGAGGAAUAUGAGCAAGAACUGAGCAAUGAAAGAGAGCAUGUUAAAGAAGAGAUCUCUCAUCCUGAUUCUGAGUCUUGUGGUUAUGCAGAUCUAACUGAGACAACAGAAAAAUUGGAAAUUGUUCAAAACAACAGAAUCAAAACAACAGAAUCAAAACAACAAGAACACAAACAGAGAAUUAAAGUAAAACAAAGAAGAAAAUCUGCUCCUGGGGAACUUGUAUGUCGAUCCAGAGCAUGCCAUGUGUGCAAGCCACAUCGGUUACAACAUAAACGAAAGAAAAAAAAGAAAACAGAAAUUCGUGCAGCUUGGCCUGAACAAGCGAGCAGUAACAAUGAUCAUUGUGAUGUCAUGACUAAAAUGCCUGUACUGUUACAAAACAAUCGACCACAAAGUACGCAAUCUAGAGACAGCGGAAUCGGGAUUUGAUCUUUUUAAACAUUUUCUCAGUAUUACUUUUCUCGUGAAUUAAGCACAAAUUUAGUGGUAAAGAUGUCAAAUAAUAAACGUACCUGAUAGACUUCCUGCAGUAAAUACAUUUAGCAGAACUAAU